CCUGCUUCCAGGAUGUGAUGUAGCCUCCACUUCCUGUAAAAGCGCGAGUCCUCGAGCAAACAUGGCUGCCUCCGGUUGCAGAGGCGUGAGGUCGAUUUUAUGGAAGUAUGGGAGCUGUGGAAAGAAUUUCUGUUUGUCCCGAUCAAAGACGGUUCCGCAGCUGCCAGUCAGACAAAUCUGUGUGUCAUCCUCUUUAUGGAAGAAGAACCUGGCAGCAGCAGGCCCUCAGAAAUUCACACAGGAGUUUAUCGACAAACAGGUGGAGGAGUUUGAAAUUGGCAAACGACAUUUGGCCAACAUGAUGGGGGAAGACCCAGAGACAUUCACACAAGAGGAUAUUGAUAGGAGUAUUGCAUAUCUGUUCCCCUCUGGACUCUUUGAGAAACGAGCAAUACCUGUUAUGAAGCACCCAGAUGAAAUAUUCCCAAAACAGACAGCUGUCCAGUGGGAUGCAGAAGGACGCCCUUUUCACUUUCUGUUCUACACAGGGAGACAGUCCUACUAUUCCCUCUUGCAUGAUGUCUAUGAGAAGAUUCUGGUGAUGGAAAGACACCAGGACAAGAUGAGAAAUAAAGGCCUCUUCACGUCAGAAACCAAACAAAUAUUGCUGACUGGGAGCAGGUGGCAGUUAAAAGAGGAAAUUGAGGAGUAUCUGGUGGAGAACAUUUCAGAUCACGAUUAUAUGCGGUUGAUCCAGCUGAUGGAGAAGUUGUUGUCUAUGCCCUACUGCUCUCUGGAGGAGGAGUUCAUACUGAAGUUCCGCAAACAGCUGGAGGUUCAGUCCAGUAAGCACGAGAUUCCUGCCCUGCAGUACGACCCACAUGGAGUCGCUUUCAGCGUUGCAGAUGGCAGACGGAAGACCGCCAAAGCCAGCAUUACCCUCCGAGACAGUGGCUCUGGGAACAUCACAAUCAACGGCAGGAACUACCUCCACUGCUUUCCAUUACUACAAGACCGGGAGCAGCUGAUGUUUCCUCUGCACUUUGUGGGCAUGCUGGGCCGGUUUGAUAUUGAGGGCAGUGUGGAGGGCAGUGGUCACUCUGCUCAAGCCGGAGCUCUGCGAUUGGCCAUCUCUCGGGCACUGCUCAGCUUUGUGUCUGAGGGAGAAGUUGAAAGGAUGAGGCAAGCCGGCCUGCUGACCGCUGACCCCAGGAUCAGGGAGAGGAAGAAGCCAGGCCAGGAGGGAGCGCGGAAGAAAUUCACUUGGAAAAAGCGCUGAACAGGAAAAGAUCAGUACAUCACAGCAACCCUGAGAGAGGACACAGCUCAUCUCUUUCACUGGAUUAUUAUUGUGUUAUUCUGUGGACUACCAUACCUUGCUGAUCACAAACAUAAACCAGCCCUACUGCUUCAAAUCAACUGCAUCAGUUUAAAAUUAACAAAAUAUAGACUCUUUGGUUGAUGACAUUGGACAUCUGUGAACUGAAAAGAGAUUUAAUUGGUGUGUAUUAAAGCUGUGUUGAAAAUGUUAAUAUAAACAUUUCAAUAAACAUUGUUUUCAUAUGUGAA